CCUUGUACUUGUAUAUCUAAAAUGUGUUUGAUUUCUGCUGCUGUUUCGGACAAGUGUUGUACGAUGGAUGUUUUUGAGAAACGAGCCGCUGUUUUCAUGGAGACGACGAAGAGAUUUCCGCGUAAAAUUUGGAAACUGGGUCGAGAUGAUCCACGACGAGCGAUCCAUUCGAUCAAAGUUGGAGUGUCGUUGACGUUGGUGUCUUUAUUAUAUCUUUUGAAUCCAUUGUUUAAAGGGGUUGGGGAGAAUGUCAUUUGGGCUGUUAUGACUGUUGUUGUUGUGCUUGAAUUCACUGCCGGAGCAACUUUGUGCAAAGGAUUGAAUCGAGGUCUUGGGACGUUGUUCGCAGGAUCGUUGGCGUUCUUAUUCAAGUUCAUUGCUACAGACAGCGGGAAGGUUUUUUGUGCGGUUUUUAUAGGAGCUUCGGUUUUUCUGAUCGGAUCGAUCAGCACGUACUUGAGGUUUUUCCCGUACGUAAAGAAAAACUACGAUUAUGGUGUCGUUAUAUUCCUCUUGACGUUUAACCUAAUUACUAUAUCGAGUUAUCGAGUCGAUGAUGUGCUAAAGUUAGCUCGUGAGCGUCUCUACACCAUGGCUAUUGGUUCCGGCGUUUGCAUUCUCAUGAGUCUUUUCAUUUUUCCGAUUUGGUCCGGAGAAGAUCUUCAUAAUUUCUCCGUUUCCAAGAUCGAAGGUUUGGCAAAAUCAAUCGCAGCUUGUGUUGACGAAUACUUUAGCGACGGAGAGCCAGAUGCCGGAAAAGAUAAAUCGAUAGAGGAUCCAAUUUACGAGAACUAUAAGGCUGUUUUGGACUCUAAAUCCACAGACGAAACCCUCGCGUUGCACGCGAGCUGGGAGCCACGACAUUCAUGGCACUGUAAUCCGUUCCCGUGGCAACAAUAUGUUAAACUCGGAGGUGUUCUUCGCCAUUUUGGAUAUACGGUUGUCGCUCUUCAUGGAAGUUUACAAACUGAAAUCCAGACUCCAAAAUCGGUUCGAUUACUGUUCAAAGAUCCGUGCACUCGCUUGGCAACCGAAGUAUCAAAAGCCCUAAUGGAACUAGCCGAUAGCAUACGCAAUCGUCGGCAAUGUUCACCGGAAAUACUCUCGGAUCACCUCCACCAAGCCCUACAAGACCUUGACACCGCCCUGAAAUCGCAACCACGGCUCUUUCUGGGGCCAAAUGGUCCUAACAACACCGCCAACAUGCUAGCCCUAGUGGCCGAAACGACCCGAUCGAAGCCCGAAAAGCAUUUAUCGAGCGUAAAAACAGAAUCAUCAGCAUUGUUCGAGUGGCGAUCAAAACGAACUUCCAAGCAAUCAAUGGAGGCAGAAGGGAGGUUGUUGAGGCCAACGCUGAGCAAACUCGCGAUCACGAGCUUGGAAUUCUCGGAGGCGUUGCCGUUUGCCGCAUUUGCGGCGUUGCUGGUGGAAGCGGUUGCGAAACUUGACCUUGUGAUCGAAGAAGUGGAAGCGUUGGGGAGGAUUGCUUGCUUCAAAGACUUUGAAAUCGGAGAUGAUGUGGUCUUCAACAUCUCUAAAAUGGAGAUUAAUUUGCCUUCUAACAGUGUCGACUAAUUUAAUAUUUUACUGGCUAUUUAGCAGCUUAAGUGGUAAGAAUGAUUAAUAAGCUCUUAUGAU